AUGUAUGAGAGGUUAGGACUAGGAGAGUUGUCACCUACACGCAUGUCUUUGUCGCUAGCCGAUAGGUCCGUCAAGUAUCCACGAGGCAUUAUUGAAAACCUUCUAGUCAAAGUGGAUAAGUUCGUCUUCCCCGUAGACUUUGUCGUUCUUGACAUGGAAGCCGACGAAAAGGUCCCCAUUAUUCUAGGGCGUCCAUUCUUGUGUACCGCCAAGGCCAUCAUCGAUGUCUUUGACGGGAAAAUCACACUUCAAGUCGAAUCUUUCUUAUCGUGUGUUGACCAUUGCUUUGACUAUAUUAGUGGAGCCGACCUAGUUGAGAGUAGGAUAGACGAGACAGUUGAGAAGGUAGAGGAGGUUGUUAGUGAGAGUGGAGAGGUAGACGAGGACGAGUGGGUCCCCGAGGUGCUAGAAUUAAGUGAAAUUAAGAGUGAGAGUGAGAGUACACCUAUAGAGAAGCCCGCCCCUUUAGAACUCAAAGUCCUCCCGUCCCACUUAGAAUACGCUUUCCUAGAAAUUAAGGAUAAAAAGGGAGCGGAAAAUUUGGCCGCCGACCACUUGUCACGAUUAGAGGAUCCAAAGAGAGAGGAGGUUCGUGAGGAUUCCAUAGGAGAUACCUUUCCCCACGAAACCAUAGAUUUUGUUAGUGCCGAGGUAGAGGGUUUGCCAUGGUUCUCGGAUUUGGCAAAUUAUUUGGCAACCGGAGAUCUUGUGAGGGGUAUGUCAUACCAACAAAAGAAAAAGCUUCUUAGGGAGGCUAGGAAGUAUAUUUGGGAUGACCCUUACCUCUUUAGGAUAGGAGGAGAUAGAGUGCUUAGGAAAUGUGUUUCAAAGGAGGAAGAAUUAGAGCAUAGGGCAUUGUGGGCAUUGAAAACCGUAAACCUUGACCUUACCGAAGCCGCAAGGAGGAGAUUCUUCCAUAUUCAUGAGUUGGAAGCAUUGAGGGAUGCCGCGUAUGAAAGGUCUUGGAGUAUCAAGGAGAAAUCAAAGGCAUUGCAUGAUAGGAGGUUGCGAGGUUUGAAGGAUUUUAAGGUAGGUGACAAGGUACUUUUGUUCAAUUCACGUUUGAAAUUAAUAGCAGGGAAAUUGAAAUCGAGAUGGAAUGGACCGUAUGUGGUGAAAGAAGUGUUUCCGUACGGCACGGUUGAGCUCUACGAUGAAGUAGAUAAGGGAGUUUGGAAAGUGAACGGCCAUCGCUUGAAACAUUACUUGGGAGGUCCAAUUGAUUCUACUGAAGAGGAAGAAAUUCCUCUGGAGGACCCACCCACCUUCGCCGAACAGUAA